GUCGAAACCAGCGCCAGAAACGAACGCGAGGGGUGGCACCGCGACGCCGCAGCCACUUCCGAUUCUUCCCGAUGAACCCCCAAAGCAAGUAUGGGGGACUCUCCAUGCGCAACAUUAUGAUCCGCAAGAAGCUCGCCGAGCGCAAACGAUUCGACUCGGCUGACUAUGCGAUGCAGCAACAAGUGUCGGCCACGACGACCAACCACGACUCGACAAUCGGCGCUACCCGACCGGUGAACUUGCACAUUACCACCAACCCCGUGAUUCUCCAACGCGCGUCGAACACACCGGUAGAACACGUGCAAUCUCCUGUUGUGCAGAUUGGGAUGGCCGCGUUCUUUGACAGCAUGAGCGAGGACACGUGUUCCGCCACCGCGCCGAACUCCCCCUCAGUAGACUCCAUGACUCUGUCGCCCGCCAACCGUCAAACGACUGUAUCUUCCUCCGACACAACAGUCGCCAAGGCGCAGCAGCAAGCCAAGUACGGCGCGCUCUCCGCACGCAACAUUAUUCUACGGCGCAAACUGGCGCACGGAGGUCGAUUCGAUUCGGCCGACUACCAGCUGCAACAGAACGGGCAAGGUGAAUUAGAUGGAAUUCCAACAGAAGAUUUGUUGCCACUGCCUCAGAACGAUAAGGAUAUCGAAGCCACUGGUGCUGCGGAUAUCCCCAUGUCCGUUGAACCCCACACGGCAGCAUCGACGCAGGUGUCCAACGGCCCGACCAACUACGGCAAACUAUGCGCGCAACACAUCCUCAUUCGAAAAAAGCUAAAGGAACGCAAGCGAUUCGAUUCGGCGGACUACUCGAUGGAACACAGCAAGGGGGUGUCGGCGUCGUCUACCUCAGCCGCUGUCGCUGCUCAAGUUGCGCGGUCCAUGGCCGCCGAUCAACAUCAAGCUAAACUCCUCAAGAUCUCGGUCGAGUCCCCCAAACCCAUCAAAGACGCGAGUGGGAACUGCAGCAGCCGAGACCUGUCCUCUCCCACGAGUCGCGUUGUGUCAAGGAACGUCUUCAUCCAGCGCAAGCUGCAGGAACGCAAGCGUUUUGACUCGGCAGAUUAUUUUCAGGAAAAGCAACGACAGCAGCAACAACACCCAUAAUUUAACACUCGCAUUAUUGGUUAUGUCGAGCCAUCGUCGCUUGAUCGAGCACAGAACGACAUCCAUGACAACGUCAUGGCGGGGUGACCCCCAC